UGGCGGCGGCCCUUGCCGGCUUCCACAGGCCGGGUUUGGGAGGGAGGGGAGGGAACAAGGUGCGUGCGCCUGCGCGCUCUGGCCUCGUUGGGCCAAGAUGGCGCCGGUGGAGCACGUUGUAGCGGAUGCCGGGGCUUUUCUUCGGGACGCGGCUCUGCAGGACAUCGGGAAGAACAUCUACACCAUUCGGGAUGUGGUCAGCGAGAUUCGGGACAAGGCCACGCGCAGGCGGCUCGCCGUCCUGCCCUACGAGCUACGUUUCAGGGAGCCCUUCCCGGAAUACGUGCGGCUGGUGACUGAGUUUUCAAAGAAAACUGGAGACUAUCCCAGCCUCUCUGCCACAGAUAUCCAAAUACUGGCACUUACCUACCAGUUGGAAGCAGAGUUUGUUGGGGUUUCUCACCUAAAACAAGAACCAGAAAAGGUUAAAGUGAGUUCAUCGAUUCAGCACCCAGAAACUCCUCUACACAUCUCUGGUUUCCAUCUGCCCUCAAAGCCUAAACCCCCACGAGGAACAGUAGAAGUAGAACAUGGACACCCAGCUGGUGAGCCUGAGGACACAGAAUUCAGUUCCUUUGUGUUCUGGAGAAACCCUUUGCCUAAUAUUGAUCAUGAACUGCAGGCCCUGCUGAUUGACGAAGGCGGGGAUGUUCCAAGUGAGGAGGAGAAUGAAGAGAAUGAAUUUGAAGAAAGGAAGGAAUAUGACAGUGAUGGCGACGGGGGUGGGUGGAUCACCCCCAGCAACAUCAAGCAGAUCCAGCAGGAGAUGGAGCAGUGUGCUGUCCCGAAGGACGUGCGGGUCGGCUGUGUGACUACAGACUUCGCCAUGCAGAACGUCCUGCUCCAGAUGGGGCUGCAUGUGCUGGCUGUGAACGGCAUGCUUAUCCGCGAGGCCCGGAGCUACAUCUUGCGCUGCCAUGGCUGUUUCAAGACAACAUCUGACAUGAGCCGAGUGUUCUGCGCACAUUGUGGAAACAAGACGCUGAAGAAGGUGUCUGUGACCGUCAGCGACGACGGAACCCUGCACAUGCACUUUUCCCGCAACCCUAAGGUGCUGAAUCCCCGGGGCCUCCGGUAUUCACUCCCUACUCCCAAAGGGGGCAAGUACGCCGUCAACCCUCACCUGACUGAGGACCAGCGCUUCCCUCAGCUGCGACUCUCCCGGAAGGCCAGGCAGAAGACUGAUGUGUUUGCCCCUGACUACAUAGCUGGGGUGUCUCCCUUUGCAGAGAACGACAUCUCCAGCCGGUCAGCUACCCUGCAGGUCCGAGACAGCACCUUGGGAGCCGGGAGGAGACGGUUAAAUCCCAAUGCUUCCAGAAAGAAGUUUGUGAAGAAAAGGUGAAGGGCGAGCUCCACGGGCAAGCUGGACUGAUGGCUGUGACUGUCCAGGAGUCCUGUGUCUCACCUCCCCAGCUGCGCCAGCUCCACAGCCACCUGCACACAGAGAAGAGGCCCAGCUUCCACAGGGCUGCCUCAGGACUCACUGUGGUGCCUUGGGUUGGGUUUGCGGUGGAACCCGGCCAUCCCUUGGCCUGUGCACAUCCAGAGAGCUGGGGUUCCUGCCAUGUUGAGGGGAGUUUGGUGAAAACAGAACAAACAGUGCCUGGAGCAAAUCUUCAACCUUUAAAGAAGGGAACUUCCAAGUAGUAAUAUUUUUCUAAUAAAUGUAGUUGCAAGCUUC